UGAAUUUUCAGGACAUGAUAUAGGAUAUCCAAUAAAUAAAAGAGCACGUUGUAAACAUGAAGCCAAUAAUAACAUUGAUUCAAUAAAUCAAUGGAGUUAUCAUCAACAAAAGAAUUCAUCUUUUUGGAAACAACGACCAUGUGUUUUAUUAUAUGAAUUUUGUCGAUUACAUUCUUUACCUGUUCCAACUUAUACUUUAAAAAUUAAUCGAGAAUUAGGAAGAUUUUGGUUUGAUUGUUCAAUUGGUAAUGAAAGAUAUUUUUCACCUCAAAAUAAUCCAUGUAUGUGUUGUUGGAUUCAAAAUGAAGCAAUUGAUCAUAUAUCAAUUCAAGCAUUUGAAGAAAUAUUUAGAGAAAUGUGUGAUCGAGAUAUUCAAGUUUUAAGUUAUCCAUCACAAAAGCGAGUAGAAUGUACACAUGUUCAACCUACACCUAAAUACGAUUUUAGAGAAAGUUCAAGGAAUCAAAAUUUAAAUUAUGAUAAUAAUCGUGUACAAGCUGAAUCAUCAAGAUCAUCCAGUAGAAUAAGAGAUAUAAAAGAUGUAAGAGAUGUAAGAGAUAUGAAAGACAUGAGAGAUGAUGUAAGAGACAUGAGAGAUGUAAGAGAUAUAAGAGAUAUAAGAGAUAUAAGAGAUGUAAAAGAUAUGAAAGAUGUAAGAGAUGAAAGAAGUUGUGAUCUUACUAAUAAAAUAUCUAAAGAAAGCAACCGUGAAAAGAGUGAUGGAUUGAACAUAAUAAGUAAUUAG